AUGAAAGAAGCCUUCUCAAAGCGCGAGAUCUCAAAUCGCCAGUUUUCGGAAACAGCGCUCAAAACUAUUCAAAACAUGCUCGACAGAAAAGACUACCACAAGAUUCCCCACUCUCUGCUGGAUGUAAAUGAUCCACUGAUCAAGAAUGGCCUUGGAGAUAGAGCUGGAACUGCUGAUGGACGAUACGAUCAGUUUCAUAAGAAAUCAAGGGUUCAAUGGCAUGAUACGAUGAAGAGACUUGUUGGGAAAAAUAAAAUCGCGGAGAUCAUCGAAUCUUCAGCCGAAAAUAUCUGCCUUCAACUCAAUCGUCUUGGCGCAUCCCCAACUGGAAUUGACCCUAGAAGAAUCUUCAUGAAUGGAAGCAUGAAUGUCACUUCUGGCUUUGCUUUCGGACUGAAUUACGAUUUCCAAGACCCUGAGUUUACGAAGAUCGCGGAAUAUAUCGACGGCUAUUUUGCUGGACUAAUGCAUUACAAUUUGAAGCAAGUUUGCAGCAAUAUUGUGCCGAGUUGGGUCAACGAAAGUGAUUACUACAAUCAAAUUUGGCGUAAAACUCCAGUUAGACAUUUUGAAGACGCGGUUCCACAGUUUCAUGGUUAUGUUUUUGAGAUCAUCAAAGAGCAACGAAAAACACUUGACCCGUCGAAUCCGCGAAAUUAUCUAGAUACUCUGCUAAUCGACGCAGAAACUGAACCAAAAUGGGGCUACUUUACCGCUGCUGCGACAAUUAUUGGCAUUUUCCUUGGUGCUAGCGACACUCUCGCAAAUACGAUGACAUGGUUAUCAAUGAUCUUAGCAGAUCAUCCAGACGUUCAGCAAAAAGUUUUCGAAGAAAUCAAAGCUGCUCGUUCGAUGGAUACUGACUUGAAGAAAGAGAACUGUCCGUUUACGAGGUCUGUCUUGCUCGAAAGCAGAAGAUUGAAUCCGGUGACAGACACACUCAUUCAUAUGGUUUCUGAAGACACGAAAAUCAAAGGGUUCACCUUUCCCAAGAACUCUCAAAUCUUAGGGUCCCUAACGGCGAUAAUGCACGAUCCCAAAAACUUCCGUGAGCCUUCUAAAUUUAUCCCUGACCGCUUCAUCGACGAAAAUGGCGAAUUCGUAAAUGACCCAAAGGUUUGCGGAUUCUCUGUUGGGCUUAGAAAUUGUAUCGGAAAAUCCUUGGCAAUUGAGGAGUAUUUCGUAUUUGCGACGACUUUGGUGGAAAAUUUCGAAAUAAAGAGACUUGCUGGAAAUAUGGACAUUGAAGCUCAUCCCUUUCUUCGAAUUCCAAAAGACGACAUUCGCCUUCAAUUUAUCUCAAGAACCAAACCAAAUGAACUUCUAACUAAAUAA